AUCAGUUUAUCGUAACGAUUCGAUAGCGCCGGUUGUGUUUUAUCUCAAAAAAAUAAUAAAAAUAAAUGUAAUAGAUAUUACAAUUACAAAAAAAAAAAUAUAUAAAAAAGAAAACAGAAAAUUCAAAAAAAAAUCUAAAAAAAACAAAAAGUUAAUAACUUAAAAAAUAUUAAAACUAAAAAAACAAUAACCGUUAAUAUUGCUAUUUAAAAGCUUCCCAAAAACUGUACAUGCAUUCUGCAAAUUAUUAAAUAAUUAUAAACUACAACAAUUUAUAAGAACAACAAUUAUUCACAAAACAAAAAAUAAACUACAAUUUAAUAGAAUUUGAUCUUUUAAAUUUUCCAUUUUAUAAUUUUUUUUUGAUCGUUGCCCAUUACCACAAACCACAAGCCAAUCAAAAUCAAAUAAAUAGGAAAAAUCAAUAAAUAAAUAUUAUUUAAAAUCAAUUGUCAACCUAGCUGUCAUUAAAUUAAAUUUAAAACUACAAAAAAAAAAAAAAAAAAUAGCAGCAGCAGCAGUAUCGUUUGAAAUUCAAAUUUAAACUCCCAACUCGUCAUCAGUCAUUAUUUCAAUUGAAAAACAAAAACAAAAUUCAAACAAUUGAGGAGUUUUAAACGUAAAGAAACAGCUCGCUAAGAGUAAAAAAGGGUUGACAACAUGGAGUUGGAGUGUGAUUUAAGUAAAAUUAAUAAUGAAGAAUUGCUAAGAAAAAUGUGGCAGCAAUCUGAAGACGCUGGUCGUAAAAAAGAGAUACGUUCGCAAUUGUACAAGUUACGUGAAACGCGUUUAAGAGAUCUAUAUCAAGGCGAUAUAAUGGCUGAUAAUAGCGGUUUUGGUAAAGAUCCUUUGGCCACCAGUCAUGGUGAUGCUUUGGCCGAUCAAAGUUUCCAGAGUUUGAAAUCGAAGGAAAUAAGAGAUUCUUUGUCGCCCACUGAAAUGAAAUUUCAAUCGAUGGCUCUAAAUAAUCCCAAUACCACGGGCUGGAAUGUACAGUCCUCGAAGGAAGUAAGUCCUGAUGGUAGAGGUUUUAGAGCUGAAACUGUUGCCACCACUGAUGGUGUGGAAAGCAUUAACGGUGGCAUAGCCGAGUUUAAGGGACGUAAUGAACAACGUUCCAGUGCUCAUCAUCAGGGUGACGAUAAGAAUUUCGUUAAGAAGGCCAUGGAAAGUUCCAAUUCUCAUUUGCAAGAGAAAGUGGUUAUUGGUGAUGAAAAUUCGGGACGCACGGAAGUGCGUACCAGUUCUUCCAAAUCCACUUCUUCUUCUCAGGUUUUCCAAUCCUCCUCAAAUGUGGAAUAUGAUGAUGGUUUUCCCGGACAUCAAGCUCAACCGCAAAAAUAUCUAAUGGACUCCAAUCGCCCUUAUCAACACGAUGUCCAACAGCAGCAUCAGCUAGAACAACAACGUUUGCUCGAAGAACAACGCCGUUAUGAGCAACAAUUCCAACAGCAACGUCAACAGCAUGUAAAUCAGCAAGAACGUCGUACUACCGAACAAUUGUCGACUACACGUCAGAAUACCGAACAGAAAAACACUUCGCAAAAUGUUCAAACUCAAGAGACGCACGAACAGAAUAAACGUUAUGUUGACAUGGAUAAAGCCUCACCCGAAUACCAACAACAUGUGCAAUAUCUUAUGCAACAGCCUGGUGAAAUCAUCUCGAAUACUGUGGAAUAUCCCAAACCAAAUGUCAAGAUGAUCACCACGGUGAAACGUUUACCUGACGGUACUAUCGUACGCAAUAAACGUUACGAGACCGAAGAGUUGAAUCCCACUACUCCCUCGACUCGCACUACAUCGACUGCAACAAAUCAAACCCAACCAAGACGUGAUAGCCAACAGCAACCUUCACGCAAUUAUCAACCGGAUUUGGCACCCCAUUCCCGACCCAGUCAGGAUAUGGUGGAUAGUAGCAAUACCUCACGCUAUGUCCAAGACACUCAUACAGAUGAUGUGGAAACGAAAUUUUCCUCCAUCAAAAAGUCCAGUCAUAAAUUCAACACUGAAAGUACUUCGGAAACCAUACAAGAAUUUGAUGAUCGUUAUCCUCAGGGGGGUGAACCCUCAAAUCGUCCAAAACCUGUAACUAAUGACUUCAGUACUCAUGGUUUUCCUUCGGUUAGAUCCAAUAAGCCUACACAGGAAUAUCCUAAUGAACGCCCUCAUACUGAGCGUCCUACACAAGGUUAUCCCUCCCAAGGAGCUCCUGCAAAGCUAACUGAUGCCAUGGUACCCCAUUAUCCCGAUGCCACUGAUAACAUUACGGAGCGACGUGUGCCCACUAAAGAUGGUGAAGUGAUUAUUGUUAGCUCUGAAAAGAAACGUAACUACAAAACGUCCAGCAACUCCGAACGUAUAGUGGAAACCGAACAUGUUAUACGUGAUGAUCAACAAUAUCAACAGAUACCCGACAAGAGUCAGGACUAUACAACUCAUGGCUUUCCCUCGGCCAGAGAACCAGCCGGCCAGCAGCCAAAAAACUAUCCCAGUGAUAGACAAAUGCAACCUCAUGAACAGGAUUUUCCCUUGGAUAAAUUUUCACCCGGCCCUCGAAUAAUAAAACACCGUUCAUCACCCCAUGGUGAUGACGAUGUGGUAGUGGUGAGUUCCCAAAAGUCUCGCACCGCCAAGCAUAGCACCAACACUGAACGUGUUAUAGAGCAUGAGAUAAUCAGAGAUGACCAGCCAGUGGGUUAUCCACGCAUACAACCCAAUGCGGAUAAUAGUCCUUACAACUAUACAGUGACCACACCAGGUACUCCUCAGCCCGAAUUUCCAGGUACUCCUAGAAAGCCUAACAAUGGGGAUUACUCCACUCAAGGAUUUCCUUCGGUAAGAACACCGGGACAAGCUGCUCCUGGCGAUCAUGAACCUUAUGGUGAUUAUCCAGCGGGAACUCCAAAAACUCCAAGUAAAGAUUAUUCUACACAAGGAUUUCCAUCCGUGAAAUCGCCCAGUAGACCAGCUGCAGGUUUACCCUCAAAUCACAAUCAACACCCUGGCCUAUCGAGAGGAUCACCAAGUCACGAACAUCCUACCCAGGGAUUUCCUUCGGUAAGAACACCUACAAAAGGUACACCAACUCAGGGUUAUCCCUCUAAUGUAGAUGCUGGUAGACCUAAUGGAACUGUUGAACAACCAAGAGCAACACCAACUUCCAAAACACAACCUAGGACGCCUUCGCCCAAUAAAUAUAAAACCCCCACUAGCACUGUACGCGAAACCACUGAACGUGUUAUAAGAAAAGAGAAAGAGGUAGAUUCAGCUCAUCGCGCCUUUGCUGCUUCUUUGCGCAGCUCUUCACCCAUUGACCAUGUUAGAAGGGACAGUUAUACAACCGAUUCUCAUACCAGACAUACACCACGUUCCAGUGUUUCUUCCACUAGAACUUUUAAACGUGAUAUGCGCGAAGGUUCUCAUGACAGUGCACCCUCGGAAACGAGCCGCAUUAGCACUACCACCAUAACACGCAACACUCCACCACGUACGGUAGGCGGUAGGACCGUAGUAACCAAAGUGGUUACCACCAAAACAAAUCAGGGUUCCAAUGACACACUCAAUGUGACUUCGCCACGUGCCACCAAGUCUCCCUCACCCGGUAAGACCGUUACCACCACCACAACCACUAGGACUAUGACUUCGAAAGAUGUGCCAAAAGUCACAGGUUCUCCAGAUAACCAGCAUACUCGUAUUACUACUACUACCAACAAUAUCGAUACUAUAUUUCCUAUUAACGAAACAACACCACCACCUCCACUAACUACUACUAUCACAAAAAUCAAGUUUUCCGAUAAUCUUAAGCAACCACACAAACCAAAAACCAAUAUCGAUAAAAAGAAUAAACCAGUGCUAAGAGCUACCACUCCCUCAACCGCUUCUGUUGGUGUGUUGGAAGAAGUCAUAGAACCGCCUUGCAUUAAAAAACAUUAUUAUUUGCUUGGUCCGUCCGAUCAACUACAAGCGCAAUCACAAACAAAAACCUCAACGUCCCAAACAUUUAAAAAUCCCCCGAUUUCUGAAAAAUCACCAACAAAAAAACCACAACCACCAGCACCCCGUAGUAGAAGUAGUACACCUUCAUACAAUAGUAGAAAACCACCAACAUCUGUGAUGACGGAUGAUUAUGAUGAUGCUGAUAUAUUAAAGACAACAUCACCAUUAUCACCAUCAUCCAGAUCUAGAACACCCCAAAAAAUUGGCCCUAAUGAUAAUGACAAACCACAAGAUGAUUGGCAAACGCCCUCUCAGCCUGAUAACGAUGAGCGUAGAACUGUGAAUAGAGAAACAACAUUUGAAAAGGAUGACCGUGUGCCUCAACAACCACGUAAACCUAACUAUGAACAGCCCAAUGUUGAAUGGGUUAUAGUUGAUGAUGUCGACGACUAUGAUAACGAUGAUGACGAUAAUGAUAGUUUUGCUCCCGAAGUAGUUGAUUCUAAAUUGAAUGUUAAGAAAACCACUACAAAAUUAAUAACACAAGAAAAACAAGUUCCCUUAGCUCCGCAAAGGAAACCAAAAUCCACCACCACCACGACUGUUAUUACCAAACAAUCACAUACUCUGCCAUCGAAAACUCAAACUAAACCAAACGACAGAACUCCUUUAAAAACCAAACCACUGGAUUCGAGAACUCCUCAACCAGCAAGACCUCAAAAACCUUUAACAGAUUCCAAAAGUCCAGCCACCAGAACUCCCUUAAAAACUCAACCCAAAGUUGUGGAUAAUAAACAAAUAACAAAAGCCCCCAAAUCUUCAGUGCCCUCAUAUACUUCACCUCUUAGAAGGCCUGUGCCCAAGACCACUACUGAAGAAACAACAUUAAGAAAGAAUCUGAAAACUUCACAGGUAAUAAUGGAGAAAACGAACACACUUAUAGAGGCGGAAAAGCUUAAACGUAAACCUCAAAGUCCAGAGCGUAAACCAAAAUCACAGACACCGGGUUAUAAAAUAACAGUUACAGAGGUUACACAAAAACGUAGCGCACCGGGUAGAAAACCACAGGAUACUGAUGAAGAACCCAUUCAAAGUAAACCCUAUGAAACUGAUGAUGAACCUAUUUCAGGCAGACCCAGCUAUAGAAAACCUCAAGGUAAUGAUAAUGAACCUGGUUAUAUAAGACCUUCGGAUACUGAUGAUGAACCUCAUCAAGGUUCACCAGAUUAUGGGAAGCCUUAUGGUAUCGAGGAAGAGCCAAAUCAAUAUAUUCCAGGUUAUGGAAAGCCCCAGCAAACUGGUGAAGAACCUGUACAAAAACCUCCUGGUUUCAGAAAGCCUCAUGAUGGUGUUAAUGAACCUAGUGCUCCAGUUUACGAUGAACCUAUAUAUGACACUCCUGCCACUGGAGAUGAACCAAAUCAAGCAACUCCUGGUUUCAGAAAGCCUCAAAAUAUUAACGAAGAACCAAAUCAACCUACAGCUGGCUAUAGAAAGCCUCAAGAACCUGGUGAUAAGCCAAACCAAGAGUUCCCAUCUUUUAGAAAACCUCAGGAUACUGUAGAAGAACCUAAGAAAGGUUUUCCAGCUGUAAGAAAAGCUCCAUCACCUGGUUUCAAACGGCUACAAGAUACAUUUGAUGAACGAUCUCCAGAUUACAAAAAACCAGUAAAUUUUGAUGAUGAACCCAAUCAAGAUUCGCCUAGUUUCGGAAAGCCUCAAGGCCCUAAAGAUGAACCACGUUAUCGUGUUCCUGGCUAUACAAAGCCCCAAGGUGAUGAUGACGAACCCAAUAGACCUGGUUACGAAAAAUCUCAACGAAUUAUGGAAGAACAAAUUACUAUAACAGAAACUUCGGAAGAAAGAUAUCCAGAAGGGGAAGCACCCAAACGUCCAGAUAACAAACAAAAUCAAUAUAAUCCCGAUUUUUAUAAACCUAGAGAUACUAACGAAUUCCCUCAGCAAGGUAAACCAUUUAAUAGGAAACCUCAAGAUGGUGAUUAUGAACCUGGCAAACGUACUCCUUAUGAUAGCGAUGAACAACCUAAUCGAGGUACAAGAAAGCCUCAAGAUACAGAUGACGAACCAAGUCAAUUAACUCCUGGCCAUAGAAAACCUAAUGACCAAGAGCCUAAUCAAAAUUAUCCCGGCUUUAGACAGCCUCUAUAUAAAGACGAUGAACCAAAUCAAGGUAUUCCUACUUUAAGAAAGCCUUUGGAAACUGAUACUGAACCUAAGGAAGGUUUGCCACAUUACUUGACUCCUCAACAGGUUACCCAAGAGGAAAUAAUUAUUACAGAAACAUCUCAAAAAACAUAUCCUGGUAAAGAAACUCCUCAAAGACCUGUGAGUAAACCAGGACAACCUGGAUCUAGAAAACCUUAUGACUUGGAUGAUGAACCUCAUACACCUGGUUAUGUAAAGCCAGCUGAAGAACCAGGCUACAGAAAACAACCGCAGAAACCAGAAACUAAACCAAAAUAUUCUAGACCAGGCGAUAAGCCUUUAGAAACUGAUGACGAUGAAUGUAUAACGGAAAGUAUUACAACUUCUCAGAGAACCGUGGCCAAACAUAUACAGAAAUUUGAAACAAAUUUGAAUAAAAAGUCACCUAAACCACAAACUAGAACUAAAUCUCCUACAAAAAAAGAAUUACCACAAACUCCGAAAAAGACAACUAAAACACCGCUUAAAGAAACUUCGCCUACACGACCAGACACCAAACCUACAGUGGGAAAACCUCGUUCAGAUAAACCUUUUGAAACCGAUGAAGAUGAAACAUUUGUAGAGACUAGUGAGUUUCACAUAAACACUACCCAGAAACGAAUUGUUUCUGAAAGACAAAUUGUGGAAGAAGAAACCACAUAUCCUGGAAAACAGCCUCAGAAACCAACAAGAGAAGUUUCUCCUACAGGAAGUCAAAGGAAACCAGGUCACAAAAUCUUGGAAGAGCCUGAAGAUAAACAUCCUAAAACUCCUAAACAUGUUUCGCCCACAAGAACACCACAGAAACCUAAUGAUAAAAGUUUCCAAACUUCUUUAAAAACCAAACAAGUCGUAACGGAGACAACAUUGCAACAAAUUGCUGAUGAGUAUCCUGAUCAAAAGACCCCAAGAGGAAUUUCACCAACACGAAACUUAAAGAAACCUGAGGAACCCUCUAGUAAGAGACCAUUAUCUCCAAAUAAAAAUGUUUCCCCCACUCGUUUGCAAAAACAACCAGAACCAAAAUCUCCAACAAAACCAACAGAUGGAAGACCUAAGUCUCCAAGCAAACAUCUUUCUCCUACAAGAUCACAAAAGAAACCACUUGAAAAAACUCCCUUAGAUGAUGAUCGCUACACAACUACUUUGCAAACAACAAAAAUUGUAAGAGAAAUAAUAACUAAAGAAGUAGAGGAUGAUGAGGAAUAUCCAGAGGAAACGCCUAAAGAUGAUAAGCCAAGAGAUACAGAAGACGAUGAAACCUUCAUAGAAACUUCUGAAUAUAUUACAAACUCUACACAAAAACGUGUUGUAAGUGAAAAGCAAAUCUCUACAACAGAAGAAUCAUUACAUCCUGGUAGAAGGGCUCCUCAAAUUCCAGCACAAAAGAAACCUGGUCAAAAGUUACCCGAAGAACCUUCUAAGAGAAGAACACCAUCUCCUACCAAACCAAUUUCUCCUACACGUACACAAAAGAAGCCACAUCAAACGAUUCCCGUUGAUGAUCGAACAUUUAGAAAAACUUUGCGUACUACGGAAACGGUAACCGAAUAUCCAUCUAAGAAAGGUGACAAGCCAGAGAAAACUAAACCAAAAGAAGGAAAACCAUAUCCAGACCAACCUUCAGACACUGAGGAAGAUGAAACUGUUACUGAAACUAGUGAGUUUGUAACCAAGUCCACAAAUAAACGUAUAGUUACCCAGCAACAUAUUCAAGAGUUUGAAGAGCCCCAAUACCCUGACAACAAAUCGCCUACAAGAGUAUCUAAAUCACCAACAAGAGGAGUUUCUCCCACUCGUAAACAACCUGGUCAACAACAACCAGAAGAGAAAUUUAAAGAACCCACUUUUAGAAGGCCUCAAUCUCCAAAUAAACAUGUUUCUCCUACAAGAACUCAGAAGAAACCAACCGAAAAGACACCUCUGGAUGACGAAGAAACUUUUACAACCUCUUAUACAACAACAAAAAUAGUAAAAGAUAAGGAAUAUCCGGAAGAGAAAUUCCCCUCUAAGAAAGGUGACAAGCCAGAGAAAACCAAACCUAAAGCGGGUAAAUCACAUCCAGACCAGCCUUCUGACACUGAGGAAGAUGUACUUGUCACUGAAACAAGUGAGUUUGUCACUAAGUCCACAAAUAAACGUGUAGUUACCGAACAACAUAUUCAAGAGUUGGAAGAAUAUCCUGACAACAAAUCGCCUAAAUAUCCUAAAAGAGUUUCGCAGUCUCCAACUAGAGGAGUUUCUCCCACUCGCCAGCAGCCUGGUAAGCAACAGCCAGAACCCACAGGUAGAAGACCUCAAUCUCCUAGUAAACCUGUUUCUUCUACCAGAACUCAAAAGAAACCAAUUGAAAAAACACCUGAGGAUGAUGAUGAAACCUUUACGACCUCGCUUACAACCACAAAAAUUGUAAAGGAAUAUUCACCUAAAGGUCUUAAACCUCAUUCGGAUAGACCUAUAGAUGAAGACGAAACAUUUGUGGAAACCAGUGAAUAUGUUAUUAAAUCUAACCAAAAACGUGUUAUUAAUGAGAAACAAAUUUUGGAAAUUGAAGAGUCAUCAUACCCAGAUAAAAAGUCACCUAAACAAAAACCUGAAAAGGAUAGUAAAUCUCCAACUAGAGGAGUUUCUCCUACACGUACUCCGAAGCGUCCUAGCCAAAAGUUGCCCGAAGAACCUACUGGCAAAAGACCCUCAUCACCCACUAAACCAGUCUCACCAACACGUAAUCAAAGGAAACCUAUUGAUGACACUAAACCUAAAGAUAAACCUUUAGAUACCGAGGAAGAUGAAACAUUCACAAAGACCAGCGAACGUUUAAUUAGCUCCAAGACACAUAUGGUAGGAGAAAAAAUAACAUUUGAAUUUGAAAAACCUAAAUCACCAACUAGAGGUGUUUCUCCAACACGCACUCAAAAGAUACCGGGACAACAACUACCAGAAGAACCCGACUUCAGGGAGCCUACUGGUAAAAAACCACAAUCUCCUACGCGAACUCAAAAGAAACCAGGUCAGCAAACACCAGAAGAACCCAGUGGUAAACAGCCUCAAUCUCCUACACGUACUACAAAGAAACCUAUUGAUAAGGACGACUCUUUCAAAACAACUUUAAGAACAACAAAAACUGUUACUGAACAGACAACAAAGUAUGUUGAUGAUGAAGAAUAUCCAGAUGAAGAAACUCCAUAUAAAAAAGGAGAUAAACCUAAAGAACGUAAACCUUACUCUGAUAAACCAUCUGAUACCGAUGAAGAUGAAACAAUUACAGAGACAAGUGAACAUUUCAUAAGCUCGAAAACUUGCAAGGUAACUGAAAAUGUAGUAGAGGAAUUUGAAGAACCAGAAUCACCAACCAGAGGUGAUUCACCCACACGUACCCAAAAGAAGCCAGGACAAAAAAUGCCAGAAGAAUACUCUAGUAAAAGACCUCAAUCUCCUACACGUACUCAGAAGAAACCUGGACAACAAACACCCUUAGAACCUACUGGUAAAAGGCCCCAAUCUCCUACACGAUCGCAAAAGAAACCAGGGCAACAAACACCCGAAGAACCUACUGGUAAAAGGCCACAAUCUCCUACACGUUCCCAAAAGAAACCCACUGAUAAUGACGACAUAUUCAAAACCACUUUAAAAACUACAAAAACUGUAACAACUAAGUAUGUUGAUGAUGAAGAAUAUCCAGACAAUCAAACUCCCUACAGGAAAGGUGAUAAACCAGAUACCAAACCUAAAGAACGUAAACCUUACUCUGACAAACCUUCUGAUACAGAUGAAGAUGAAACAAUCACAGAGACAAGUGAACGUUUUAUAAGCUCGAAAACUUGCAAAGUAACUGAAAGUUUAAUAAAGGACUUCGAAGAGCAGAAAUCACCAACAAGAGGAGUUUCACCCACACGUACUCAACAGAAACCAGGUCAAAAACAACCAGAGGAACUAGAUUUCAAGGAAACCACUGUCAAAAGACCUCAAUCACCUACGCGUACUCAAAAGAAGCCUGAUCAAACAACUCCUAAAGAACCAACUGACAAAAGACCACAAUCUCCUACACGAACUCAAAAGAAACCAACUAAAGAGGAUGAAACCUUUACAUCGACUUUGAGAACUACAAAAACUGUAACAGAGAAAACAACGAAAUAUGUCGAUGAUGAGGAAAAUCCAGAGGAAAUAAAACCAAAACAAGGUAAACCCUAUUCGGAUAAACCUUCUGAAACAGACGAAGAAGAAAUCUAUACAGAGACAAUUAGAUCAACAACCUCCAAAGUAACUGAGGAAACAAUGCCAGAAUUUGAUAGGCCAAAAUCCCCAACAAGAGGUGUUUCUCCCACACAAAAAAGACCAGGUCAAAAAUUCCCUCAAGAAGCUGAAUUAAAGGAACCUACUGGUAAAAGACCACAAUCACCCACACGUAAACAAAAGUUGCCAUAUCAAACAAUGCCUGAGAAUGAGCAAACUUUCACAGAAACUUUAAGAACCACAAAAAUUACAAAGGAAAAUGUAACAAAAACUUUUGAAGACGAAGAAUUUCCCAAACAGGAAAAGCCUAGACAACCAGGUUUUGUAGAACCUAUAGAGAAACGUCCUAAAUCUCCUAAAAAGGAUUUAUCGCCUUCAAGGCAUGGAGUCAUAUAUGAUGAUGAUCAGGCAUUUACAAAAACUGUAAGAACUACUAAAACUGUUACAGAAAAAACCACUGAAGAUACUCCUCAUGGAGAUGAACCAAGACAAGCUAAACCUAAAUCCUACAAACCUACAGAAACCGAUGGAGAUAAAGAAAAAGAAACAUUUAUGCAGACUACGGAGUUUGUUAUUAAAACAACGCAAAAACCUAAGUACCCAGAGGAACCAAGGGAAGGUUUUGAGAAACCAAGAGAUCAACGUUUCAUACACACCAGUGAUUUUAUACGUGGUGAAAAACAAACUUUAGAAACGGAAAAGGAGCUUUUAUAUUCCAAGAAACCAAAAGGUUCACCGUCAUCACCAACUAAGGAACGUAGUCCUAGUCCUAAAGGCCCUAAAGAUGGUACAAGAACGGUAAAGCCAAAAGAUCGCAAAGAUUCACCAAAACGUAGUCCAAGUCCAAAAGGUCCCAAAUCUACACCUGUAGAUGAUGAGACUUUUAGAAAAACUUUGAGAACCACUGAAAUAGUUACCGAUAAAACUACAAAAACUAAGGAUGGUAAAAUAAAACCAAAAGAUCGUAAACCUGGCCAAGUUAAGCCCACAGAUACGGACGACGAAGAAACACCUUCAGAAACAGAGGAGUUUUUGAUUGAAACCUGUGAAACACAUUAUGUUACGGAAAAAAAUGUUACCUCAGAAAACGAAGAUCAAAUAUUGUCCACUACUUUGGUUAAAUCCAAGCCACAAAAACCACAGGAGAAAGAACCUGGAAAACCGGUUAACAAACCCUUCACUUCCACUUAUGUAGAAACUGUUGAAACUAUUGAAGGUCAAACUUAUCCCGAAGAUAUGGAACAGAAGCCAUAUACAGCUCCCCUAGAACCCUGGCUAACUAAAGAAGUUCCCAAACGCCCCACCAAGGUCACUGAACAAUUUAUUGAAACAGAACGUUUACGCAAGGAAACACCAGAUGGAGCAUUUAUUUCAAAAACCACUGAACCUACAUCACCAACAACACCUACCUUUAAGAAAAAGGGUGCCGGACGAAGUGAUACUUUUGAAGAGCGAUGUCGUCAAAUUUUAGGCAUGGAUACUUAUGGUGAUACACCGGGAACUUUCAAAAAACAACCCGAUACGGAAAUUGAGAAGGAAAAGACGAAAGAGUUUAAAACAAAGGAGGAGGAAGAUUUAAAGACCUCAGCCGUAUUUCAGGUUAAAAUUGAAGAUUGUGAUGAAGAUGAUGAACCUUUGUCUAUAAGUAGUGUCAAGAAAACUUUACACAAACAGAUUCAUACAAAGGAACAAAAGGAGCCUUUGAAAGAGGAACCCAAGUCUACUAAACCAUCCAAAGAAGAACCACAAUCUACUAAAAAACCUGUUAAAGAACCUAAAUACCCUAAAGAUGAUGAAAAUGAAUUUGUAGAAACUAUUACAGAAACUACAACAACGAUGCAUAAGAAAACUCCCAAAACUAAAUCUAUUGAUGAAACUGAGCCCGAUUCGUCAGAACCCGAAAUUGUGGAAGAAGAACAGUUUAUGGUUAUAAAUAAAGAAACCAAAAAAUCGGAGGUCAAAAUAACUAAAAAAUCCUCCCCCUCAACCUCACCACGUUCAGUUUCACCCACUAAGAGUGUAGCUACUCCUCGCUCUGCCUCACCUACUAAGCCAAAAUCUUCACCUCGAAAUGAAUCACCUUUAAAGGAAACACCAAAACGUAAACCCAGUAAAGAGACACUGGAACCUAAAACAAAUAAAAAAUCUCCACAAAAACCUGACAAUGAUACUAGCACCACCAUUAAGGAACGUUUAAGAUCCUCGACACGCAAAACCAAGUCACCGGGCAAACAAGAUCAAGUAGAUGGCUCGGACUCAUCGCCCGAGCACAGUCCUACUCGCCACACUGAACGCAGAAGAUCUAGCAAUAUUUCCGUUACUACGGAAAUAAUUAUUGAACAUACUGAUUCGGAUACACCCAAUAAAAAGGAAAAAUCUCCAGUUCCUAAGAAGACAAAAGAUUCUGUGUUCAAGGAAAUUAUAGAUUCCACCGUAUUGCCCGAAAAGUUAACACGACGUAUGCCAGUAACGGAACGCAAAGAAUCUGCUCCUGUCCAUAGAGUUACUAGCAGGGAUAAGGAUUCAAAAAUGUCACGCUCUACUAGCGAAAACUUGAUUAAGGUUAAGAAACCCGAACCACAAUCUCUUUCACCAAAAACGACACCUAAAACCACGGAUCACCGCAGACCCAAUAAAUGUUUUGCCACCAAGAGCAUCAAUUUAAGUGCCACUGAUCGUUUGGUUAAUAGUGAGGAUAUGGAAAAUGUUAUCAUUGAUAUACAACAUGCUAAGAGUUCACGUGAGCCUUCACCGGAUAAAAUUGUACCCACUCCUGUACCAGCUCAUUUGGAUACUGGCAAGCCUAGAUAUCCCGAUGUAGUGCAAGAACCAGAGGAUGAUCAACCACGCAGAAAACCACAAGUUAAGAAUAUUCCCAUAUUUGAAGAGGAAAGUAAUGCUUAUGUAGGCUGUCAUAUUACCGAAGUAGAGAGAACCCAUAAAACUACUUAUGAUUCUUUGGAUUAUGAAGAACAAAUCUUAAAUAAUCCAGUAGUGGAGGCACCUCCCAGUUUGGAUUAUCCUAGCUUAGAUAAACCAACUUAUGAUGAAAGUUUGUUAACAGUACAUGAAAAAGUUUCCAAAUUUCAAAACAUAGCCGAAGAGGUAAGCAAACCUAAGGCCUCUGAACCAUUCCAAAGGGAAUUUGAUGAUAGCCACCCAGUACCCCAAGAUGAUGAAUGUCUUUUGACCAUCAAUGAAAAAGUAGAAAAAUUUGUUAAAACUUCGGAAACCAAGAUUAAAUCUGCAUAUGAUUUAGACGAUGAGGAUGAAGAAUUUGCCAGAAAUGAACAUAUUUAUACUACCGUCAAAUUGGCUCCUACAGCUCCUCAAAAGUCACCCGAGCUAGUACGUACCAUAUCAAGACAUAUUUCUCGACAAACUGAGCCCGAAUCCGAAGAACAGCCUGAAAAUGUUUAUCCCUCAACAAGCCGUAAUGAUGAUUUCGUGGAAUGUUUGGUAAAUAACAAAAAAAUAACUAAGGAAUUUGAGGUGAGUCAUCAUCAACAACAGCAGCAACAGCAAAAAACAAUUGAAACAACAUUAAAAACAGCUGAAAAAUACCAACAACCUAAAGACCAUGAUGACGAUCAUGACGACGACGAUGAGUUAAUACCUCAUACUGCAACACAUACAACCAUGAUCGAAGAGCGUCGUCAGAAAGACAUUUUGAGCAGACCAUCGGUAUUCGAUAGCAAAAACAAAAAACCCAUUACUACAACAACGACAUCGAAAACUCCAUUAAAGUGCAACAAGUCACCCGUUAAAGAUUCAGAGAAAUUACGGCCAGACAACAAGUCACGCACAAAGCCAACGUCCGCUGUUACCAAUACAUUAACAGAAACAACGACCACGAUAACAACAACAACAGCCAACAAACAACCAAAACAAUCGCCUCAACGUAAAAACUCUGACAUUGAUUACGAAUUGCGCGGUAGUGACGUUGAAACGGGAGUAAAAAACAUUAUCACAAAACAAACAAAGGUUUACAACAGCAGCGGCAGCAGCACAAAAACUAAUGACUUGAAAAAACAACCAACUACGACGACGACGAGUAAUAAAAAACCAGAGAAGAAACACAUGCCAGUACGCUUAACACCAGCAAAGAAUACAGACGAAUAUGAUUUGAGUGCGGACGACGACGACCAUGAAAUGAUCAUUACCUGUGAUGAAACAACAAAUAUUGACUUUGAAACUCAGGUAGUAAACGAAGAUUUAACUCAAGCAACAAGCAGAAAAAUUCCUUUAACAACCCCGCACAAAAAACAACCAACAUCACACAGUUCUACCAACUCAUCGCCAACAGAUCAGACACUGAAACCGAAAACAAAAGAGCACGUAGAAAAAUUAACCGAAAGAAAUCCAUUAAAACCUAACACUGUCACUACCACCAGUAUUAAAACAUACGAACUUGUGGAAAGGGCUGAUGAUAUUGAUGAAACUGUUCUAGAGCCAACACAACAAAAGAAACCUUCUUCAUCGCCUCAGCCUAGUAAAACUACUAAAAUGUCUACAACUACCACGGAUUCGGUGGCUGCUAGAAGAAGCUUAUUUGAGAGCAACCAUAGCAGCCCUUCUUCAACUCCUACCAAACGCACACCCUUGACCAGUCCCAUGAGCGGCCGUAGACCUUCUUAUAUGGAUCAUACAAAAAGUUCUUUGGAGCACACCAGACGUGAUUCUUUGGAAAUAAAUAAAACUAAUUAUUCACGCAAACCUUCACACCCCGAAGAGGAAGGUGUAGAUCGUAAUUCUUUGGUGAAAUUUGAUGUGCCUCAGGGCAGACGUGCUACCACACCAAGAGCUACUUCUGUGAGCGAAGAUAUUAAUGUAGAGGAAAUUUUUGAUUUAGAGGUUUUGGAAAGAUUAUUGGAAACGGUGCAGUCUUAUGAAAUCAGACGUAGAAUUAGGGCGCAAAUAAGAUUGAUUAAGAAAAAUCAAAAGAAUGAAUUGAUUAGCAGUACCACAGAAGUAACCACAAAGACCAUUAAGACUAGCACGAAAGGCAGUGAAGAACCGGAUACUGUAACAACUACGAACAAGAAAACUAAGCCUGAAACGAAAACUACAACACAAACUGUAAGUAAAGAUGCUGCUAGUCAUAUAAGCAGCAGCAAAAAGGAAUAUAUAUUCGAGGAGCCUUAUAUGCCAACCACACGAAGAUCUCCUAAGCCCAAUCGUUACCCAUAUGAAACGGAAAAGGAGUCCUUGCAUAAGCCAACACGCAGUCAAAGUCCUCAACCUGCCGUGUGCCGUAGAAAUGCUGAACAUGAACGUCAAUAUGAACGCAGUCAUCACAGUCCCGAACAUAGCCAACACAUCGAAGUGGUAAGAGAGUAUGGUUCACGAACCACCAAACAACAAUAUUACUAUAAGGAUGAAGAGGAGCUAGAGCAAGUGAAAGAGAUUAGACAUGAAACUUCACCAAGCCGUAAAUCUCCUUCACCCACUAGAAAACCACAUUCCAUACACUCAUCGCCCGAAAGACGUAAUGCUAGUCCAGAAUCUCAUAAACCCUUAAAAACAAACGAACGUAGUCGUAGUCCUCAAACUAAGGCUCCCCAAUCGACUCGAGUAACUAGCAGUCAUAGUCCCGAUAGUAAAACUUCAUUAUCCACCACGGUGCGCAAAUCUUCAGCCACUUAUGAGCAACAGGAGACAAUGAAAACUUCUAGCACUAAACCACAAACGAAACGUAUAACCACAACGACUACUACAAUAACGAAAUCUAAACCAGAAAAUAAGACACCCGUUUGGGCAGAUCGUAAAAAUAUACUAAAGGCUCCCAGCAGCAACACCCCAACACCCAAAAAACCCAGCAACUCUACCCUAGACUCUAGAGCGGGUUACACGAAAACCAUUAAAUCUACCACCAGUCAAAAAAUGUCCAGCAAUAAAUCAUCCUUUGUGGAAGAUGAUUGUGUCACCUCUAGUUAUGGCAUAGGACCAACCGAUGAAAAUGGUUUGCCACUCUUUGGCAUCAGGGCUUUGAAAAAGAAAAAGCCCACCGUGGAACCCAGUGAAACAACAGAAGUCACCGGUUAUGUUGUCGAAGAGAAAUACUAUUCGGAUAAUAAAACAAAACCCAGUGUAGAGCGUAAGGAAUUUAUUUACUCUACAAGUCCCGAAGAAUUGCAAAAACUUAAGGAUCAAGUGGAAGUUUCUACCAAUAGAAAAGCUCUAAAAGAUGUAGAGCUCAAGGAGUCAAGACAAACAGCUUUGAUUUCCAAAGGUUUACCCGCUUUAAGAUCUAGUCCUGAAGAUGAUUUUCUAGAUUCUACUAGCAAAUACGUGCGUCGUGGUUCGGUUAAAGAAAUGAGUGAAAAAUUCAUACAGCGAGAGGCUUCCUCAACUGUAACGGAAAAAUCAAAUAAUUAUCCCAAGGCUGGUUUAAUUUUGAGAACUAAUUCACGUAAAAAUAGCCGAGAUGCGGAAAAUGAAAGUGAUAAUUUUGAAUCUUACAAAACUACACGAAUACAACAACAUACCAGCUCUGUAUUGGCCGAUUCAGAUGAUGCCGAACACGAAUAUGAAGUCGAGGAAGUUGCUAGUCGCCACUCAGGUCGUUUUAUAACCGAAAGCGAAAGUGAAUGUGAUUCGAUAAAGACUCAAAGGGAAUUUAAAAAAGUAACCUCCUCUUCCUCGUCUUCAAUGGCCACGCGUUCCUUCCUCAAUACACAGGGUGAGGAAAAAGUCAUAACAAAUGUUUCCGAUUGUUUGGAACGCAUGCGUAAUGCUGAUAAUGUUGUUGAAGAGGGCGAUACACCAGAGGAUCAAGAGGCCAGAGCUUUAUUGAAUAAAUUUUUGGGUGCUAGCAUUAUAAUGAAAGGCGUUGAGUCAUCAUUACCGGCCGGUUCGAAUCGUCAAUCGAAAAUUAUAACGACAACAACGACCAGCAGCAAUUUAAGUGAUGAUAAUGAUGGCGAUAAUAAUGCAAAAAACGAGGUAAAAACUACACGUAUAACGAAAACGAUUAAAUCUGGAAGCUCUUCUACACCAGUUACUUAUACAACUUGUGAUAUAGAGGAGAUUUGGGACGAAGAAAUCUUAAAAGAAUUGUUGGAACAGGCUAGAACAUACGAAGAACGUCGUAAAAUCCGAUCACGUUUGAGGGAACUUAUGGCUGACCGUGAAGAAACAAAGAAAAGCCCUACUAGCGGCGAUGAAAAAGAAGUGAAAGCAGCAGCUAAUGUUCCUGAAGAAGAGGAGAGUAGUGCCAGCGAAUACGAGGAAAUUAUCGAAGAGGUCACCGAUUAUAGUGAAGCGGAAUCAGAAGUUGAUGAUAAGAAACAAAGCGAUAAACUAGAUAAAGUUGUCGAAAAGUCACAAAAAGAUCAAGAAAAGCAAACUUCGGAAGCUGUUGUAACCAAAACAGCUGAAGAAUCCCUAAGCGUUAUAGAAAAUUUGGAAAUUUCCUGCACUAAACAGGAAACCCAUACAGAGCAAGUUGAGGAAACUACAACUCAAACUACAACCACUACCACAACUGAAACCGAAACAGUUGAGGAAGUUGUAGAAGAGGAAUCUUCAACUGCUAGCAAAGACGACGACGAUAAAACCGAUAGCUCUGAAAAGGAACAAAAACAACAAAAAUCUUCUACAUCGACUACUGAGAAAACUGAAACGAAAGACAAAGAUGGAGCAGUUGUAACUACUACAACAAAAGUUACUACACGCACUGUCACGGGUUCAGCAGCGAAGCCUGCAUCACCAUUUGCCAAAUUUAAACAACUUGACAGACAAAAUUCACAACAAUCUGCAAAAUUACCAACAACACCGACAACACCUGGAGGCGGCUCAACUGCCUCACCAACGUCUGGUAAACAACCCAUAUUCAGAUUUACCGAUCCAGCCCUAAAUGCUAAAGCGGCCACUGUCAAGGAACAAUUGUUACAGUGGUGUCAAUCGAAAACCCAGGAAUACGAGAACAUCGAAAUAACUAACUUUAGUACGAGCUGGAACAAUGGUUUAGCGUUUUGUGCCCUUAUACAUCAUUUCUUGCCAGAUGCCUUCGAUUAUAGUCAACUAACCCCCAAAAAUAGAAGAAAAAAUUUCGAAUUAGCUUUCACCGUGGCUGAUGAGAAAGCCGGCAUUGCCCCCUUACUAGAUGUUGAAGAUAUGGUUGUGAUGCAACGGCCCGAUUGGAAAUGUGUUUUUGUCUAUGUACAAAGCAUCUAUCGUCGUUUCCGCAAUUGCCAAUAAACAAAAAUCAAAGUUAAACGAUUUUAACGUUUAGCUAAACAACUACAACAGCACCAUUAUCAAACAAAUCAAAACCAAAAUCGCAAUCAAAUCCCUCAACGAAAUGUUUACUAAUCAAACAAAGCAAUAUCAAUUAUAUAACUCUAUAAAACAAAUAUAAUAAAUAAUAAACAAAUAACUACCUUUACUACUACUAUUAUUUUACUACAUUUUUUAUUCAAACUUGUUGCUCAUUUUACAAUUAAAAAAAAAAAUAGUUUUGUAAAGUUUUGAAAAAAGAAACUGUUCAAUUUAUUGUUACUACUGUUUUUAACUACAAAAUCUCUUGAUUUGAACAAAAAACCGAAAUGAAACUUGUCUUUGAUUAUUUAAUAUUGUUUAGAUACUCAUAUUAAUAUUAUUGUGUAAUUAUUAAUUUAUAUGUAAUUUGUUUUGUAUUUCUCAUUUUAUUUUUUAUUAUUUCUUCUACUUUGAAUUUAUUAUUUUCUAGUAUGUACUAACCAUUUUUAAUUCAUAUUAUUUUUGAAUACAUUUUUAAACGAUUUAUUUUGUCAGUUUUAUUUAAUUGCUUUUUGUUAUGUUUUUGUUAAAGAAAAUAAUUAAUGUGAAAAAUUUAUACAUGUUAAACAAGUAAAAAAAGAAUUUAUUUUUUUGCAAACCUUUUGAUCGAAAUCAAACCGGGAAUUGCAGCUCAAUUUUUUUAUUAUUAAUUAUAUAUUCGACUAACUUUUGCGAUAAGAAUGAAAAAUAAAUAAAUAAAAAAAUAUUAACAUUCAAAGAGAAA